UCCUAAGGAAGGCUUUCACUUUUCUUCUGUUUUGUGGGUUUUCCCGCCAUGGAAAUUCCAACCUUGCCUCCUCCCCCAGUCCAGAAUUUCUAUAAAGAAAGAGAUGGAGGUCCUAGUGUGCUGCUUUCCCUUUCUGAGGUGGCGUUGAAGCAAACCUUUUCAAAUCCUCAGUGAUCCUUUGAAGAAACAGCAUUAAUCAGCCGUUAGAAAUUGAAGCUGCCUCCUUUGCCAUAGCAAUUUCAAUUUAAAAGCAAGAACAACCAACGUGGACAAAUGGCCAGGAUAAUUUUUGCAGUGACAGCAUUUUUAUUCUUCUUCAUGAACUCCCAAGCAUUUGAUGUUAAGGAGAUCAUACCAGGUGGUGAGGUUGCUGCAGAGAUAGGCAGCAAGCUGGUGCUAAAUUGCAGCACAACUGGCUGUGAAUCCCCGGCUUUCUCUUGGAGAACCCAGCUGGACUCCCCGUUAGGAGGGAUCGUGAGCAAUCAGGGGAGCCAUUCAGUCUUGACUAUGGAUCCUGUUAGCAUUGCAAAUGAGCAUGAUUAUCUCUGCAGUGCCUCUUGUGGGGACACUAAUAGACAAAGGACAGUCAGCAUUCACAUUUUCUCAUUUCCCAGUGAUCCCAUUAUUGAGAUCAGUGACCCACUAGUUCUUGGGAAACCAACUAGCAUCACCUGCAGAAUUCUGAAUGUCUACCCUUCUACUGGAGUGAACAUGUAUCUGAAGAAAGGAGAGGAUCUCAUGACCGAGUCAUUAGAGACAACUUUGACAACUACCUUCACUCCCACUGAGACAGAUAUUGGGGAAAAGAUCACUUGCAUGGCUGAGCUGCUAGUUGGGAAUAUGGAACCCAAGCAAAGGCAGAUGAUGCACAUACUUAAUGUGAAUUAUGGUCCACAGAAAACUCACAUCACUGCUUCUCCAGACACUAUGCUAUUGGAAAAUGGGCCACUGAUGCUUGACUGCGUGACUGAAAGUAAUCCUCCAGCAAAGAUUAUAUGGAAGAAACAGCUGGCUAAUGAAACUCUGCAAAACAUUGUUAAAAAUCGUAUCCUGUCAAUUCCAAAUGUUCAGUUUGAUGAUUCUGGAGUCUACAUCUGUGAAGUCACAAAUGAAGUUACCAACAAAACGGAGAACAGAACAGUGACUGUUUCUGUACAAGGUGCCCCCAGGCUGCCAGAAUUUUCUAUACGUCCUUCUGCAACAGUGAAUGAAGGAGAAAAAGUUACACUGCAAUGUUCUGUGGAAAGCAGGCCUGCUGCCCAGAUUGUCAUAAGAAGAAAACUGGCCAGUAAAGAUAAGAUACUUGAAAGCAAGGAUGGAAUUCUUCAUAUCCCAAGUGUGACCCCUGAUGAUGCUGGAAGCUAUGAGUGUGAAGCAGAAAAUAAAUUUGGAAGAAGGAAAGUGACAGGAACACUUACUGUGGAAUCUUUUUCCUCAACUGCUGCAACAUUAACCAAUCAACCAGAAAACAUUACUGAGGCAGAAGAUUUUGAUAGUACGAGUGCAAUUUAUAAUACUCCACAAUACAAGAGUGAUGUUCUGGAAAACAAACCUUCACUAGCACCAAAGGACAGCUAUUCCACAUUGUAUAGAUUAUCCAGAAAUGAUUCGAUCACAUAUGCGGUGGAUGUUUUUGAUGCUGUCACAAACAAUACAGAAGAGAUUGAAUUUAUCAUAGUCAAAACAGAAGAACUGGAUUAUGUGACUCCCAUGAUUUUUGGCAUUUCUUCUGUAGCAACAGUAGCAGGCCCCAUGGCAGCAAUAUUGGUUUACAUUUCAAGAAAGGCAAAGCUCAAUGGAUCCUACAGUCUUGUAGACUCACUGAAACCACAAGUAUAAAGAUCAACAUGACUACAGAUUUCCUAGGAGCUGAACAAAUGGACAAUGCAUGUGUUCCUCUGAGCCUUCAGUGUCAUUCAGAGUGAGAUACAUACACUUCUCCUGCCUUGCAGAAUCAUGCACUUUAACAAGAAUGUUGGUUUUUGUAA